AUGAUUGACAUAGAUCAACCAGGCCCUUCAUGUCGUCAAUUUUUAUCUACUGAAACUUCUGCAAUUCGGGCAGACAUUGCUACACCAAGUGGAACCAUCACAUCUGCAAACAUGAAAAAGUCACCAACCAACUUUGUCUCUUAAAACUUUUAUUGGUCAUGAGAGACGAUGCCAAAUUUUAAAGAACAUUAACGUCACUAGGCAAAAAAUUCCUAUCCCCAAGGGAAAAAUAUCUUUAUUCCAAAUUUAUAGAAUCCAGCAAUAAGUUAAGAAGAAUCAGUAGAAGGUUGUCGUCAUUUAAAUCCAAAGUUUCUACUGCUGAAUAA